AUGGAUGCCAGCAAGAGGACUAAAUUUCAUCCAAAUGAGAUUAAGGGCCUAGCAAAGAAGGGCUAUGAGCUGAUCCAGGAUAAGUUUAACUUCAACGGAAAUGUGAUAGUGACUGCGCUCUUUAUCCCUGAUGUUGGACUCGCGGUAGGUUCUAAGCCCCGGGGUACAGGCAUGGCAGAUGAGCUCUUUAUGAGAAGCCACAAAGUCAGUGGUAAAUAUGACUCCGUGGGGAGCUGGUUUGAGAGAUAUUGGGAGCUUGUAGAUGGACGAGACAUUACGGAUUCCUGCUCAGACGUUCUUCCGGAAGAUUUACUCCACGCAGAGGACCUAGUGAUCAUUAAAGGGGCAGACGAAUACUUGAAAAAGGAGAAAAUUCGUGACUGGGGGGAAAAGAGAUUUCCUAAGGGAACGCAUAUGGUUUCGUAUGGAAGGUAUAACUCCAAGCCUGGUUCAAAUUCUGUGGGACCAAAGGAACCCUGCGGUGGAACGGAAAAAACACAGUUGAGCAUGCCCUGCAAAAAUAUUGCACAUAACCUGGGCAUUGACUGGUCAACUUGA